AAGUACAAUCAGUAUCUCUCCAGGAUAUUGAAGUUAAAGCGCUUUAUUUUAAACAUGACAAAGAACGAGACAUUGCGAAAAAGUUACUCUUUGAAAAACGUGAUUACAAGAUUAAAAUGGCAAUGGAACAAGAAGUUUAUUUGGACGAUGCAUUAUAUGAUAUUGAUAACACCGUGACAGUAAUUUCUUAUAUGGCUUUAAACGACAUAUCGAAUGAGCCCAAGACUUUUUCUUCAGCGGAGUCUCAGGUUUUUCAUAGAUUAAACCAAUUGAAAUCUUACAAUUUCAAAUGUGGAAGCGGUGAUGUGAAUGAAAUUGCCUUGAAUUAUCCCGAUUAUAACUCUCCUGGAAAUUUACAAUUUCUUGAUAUUAAACAGGGGGCGGUUUAUAAUCUUUGGGGCCAUAUUGAACGGGAUAUGAGUUCAAAGCUAGAUGUUUGGACUACAGUAACAGAUGUUAAAUUUUCACCGGAUGGAAAGUUUAUUUUUUCAGCAUCUACUGAUGCAUCUAUUAAGGUUUGGCAAACCGGUGAUGCAAAAUUUUAUUUAAAGCCUUUUAAUACAAAAGUUUGCCAGUCGAAAAUACAUCGACUAUCAGUAUGUAAAAAACCAACUUAUGGAACAAAAUAUCAAUUUGCAUCAUGUGAAGAUUCUGGGUUGGUUCAAGUUCACUUCAUAAGAAGUGACAAAAAACAAGCUUUCACUAUGGUAUCACAAGAAUUUAUUGAAGAAGAGUGUAAGAGAGUAUCAAGUGAUGUUAAUUUUAUUUCAAGCCAUAAGGUUAUUGCAGGAUAUAAUGGCAAUUCAAGUGAUUAUGCUGGAGUAAUUAAAGUUUGGGAUAUAAAUAGCAGAAAGAAGGCGUGCUAUAAUAAGCAAUCAAUUUCUGGUAGUGUUAGUUGUUUAGAUGUUUCACACGAUGAAAAAUGGAUUACAUGUGGAACUACUGCGGAAUUUGAAGAAGGGGAUGGCUCUAUGCAUAUAUGGGAUAUGUUGUCUCAAACUACUUUACGUGCGUUUACUGGUGAAAAGGAUAUAAAUGUUAUAUCAAUUUCGCCUAACGAUCAAUAUAUUGCACUUGGUGGGGUGAUGAACACUGUAUACGUAUAUGAUAAACGAUAUUUAAAGCAAAGUCUUCAUGUGUUAAGACAUGAAAAUCCAGAUGAUGGUUUACCACAUGAUGGAAUCAUGUCAUUGCAAUGGAUUUUUGAUAGUAACAUACUUGCUAGUGGAGGAAACGAUAAUUGUGUAAAAGUAUGGGAUGUUUCAUUAGCAUCGGGCAACAAUAUGAUUUACCAGUUUUCACAUCAUGAUAGUCCUGUUACGUCAAUUCAGAUGGCACCAGACUUGAGUUUGAUGACUGUCGGAGUAUCUUCGGGGAAAGUGUAUGUUUAUUCAUCAGAUGAAACAUUUAUUCAUGCAG